AUGCCUUUAGGUGGGGGUGGGCUGAGUUUGGGAGGUUGAGCUACUGGUACCCCAGGGAGGAAGGAGUUAAAUGGUGCCUCAGUCACCUGAGCAAGGCAUCAAAUUACCUAGGUCAGGUUUCACUGGGAAGGAGGUGGAGCUGAGUCUGCCCUGGGUUCUGACUGUGGGGCCUGCUUGAAUCAGUGGUUCCCCAGAUAGAAAAAGGGCUCUUCCUUGGGAUUUUCACUGAUCUCUGGUCCCGAGCCCCCAGCUAUGGCCCUGUCCCCACCAUGGGACCCUAGAUCAGAGACUCUCAACCAUCCCCCUGGAGCCCCUAGGGAAGUGGACAUUGCUAGGGGCUCCAUCUGUCCGGCAUCUGGAGAGGAGAGAAUCAGGCCAGAACAGACCCAGGAGCGGGGGCCGGACUUCUUGGACCCUCUAGAGCAUUUCCAGGCUAGGCCGAGGGGCACUGAGCCUGCUGCUGGCACCCUCAGAUUGCCAACACCCUCUUCCCAAGAGGACCCAGCUGGGAGCAAACAUAUGGAGCACCCCAUCUCUGGCAGGGAGGUACUGGAGGCUGAACAGGACAGCCUGCACCUCUGCCUUUUGAGAAUGGGCCUCCGGCUGCAGGACCUAGAGCAAGGCCUGGGGCCCUGGGCACCGGCCCAGAGCAGGAUGGUCCAGCUGCAGGCCCUACGGGCAGACCUGCAUGGGGCAGCUGAGCGCAUAGAUGCACUGCUGGCAUUUGGUGAGGGGCUGGCACAGCGGACUGAGCCUCAGGCCCGGGCAUCACUGGAGCAGGUCCUGAAGGCCCUUGGCGCCCACCGAGACAGGAUCUUCUGGCGGCUGUGGCGACUCCAGGCCCAGCUGGUCAGCUACAGCCUGGUCUUCGAGGAGGCCAACACACUGGACCAGGACUUGGAGGCUGAGGGGGACUCGGACGGGCCAGGGCCUGGUGGGGCCUGGGGGCCUUGGCCACCCAGUAGCCACCCCACUCCUGCGGAGUUGGAGUGGGACCCAGCGGGGGACGUUGGGGGCCUCAGGCCUUCAGGGCGAAAGGCAGCCUGGACAACAGGAGCUCCCUGUGAGCUGUGUGGCCACAGGGGCCCCCAGGGCAAGGGUCAAGGCCUUGAGGACACGCCCGUGUCAGGCCUUAGCCAUCGGAAACACUUAGCACGUCAGCACUCCCUGGCCCGAAAGACUCAGGCCAAGAAGAGGCAAGCCUCUCCCAGUCUCCAGGAUGUGAUGCUGGAGGUGGACCCUGGAGCCUCCACUCCUGCAUCUAGGCAGUCCCUGACCUUCUUCCUCAUGCUCCUUCUCUUUCUUCUGGUGGGUGCCACACUGCUGCUGCCCUCAUCAGGGGACCUCUGCUGCUCUCCUACCCAAUUGGCCAGGACACCUUACCUGGUGCUCAGCUAUGUCAAUGGUCCCCCCCCAAUCUGAGUACACAGCCCCACCAUACAUAAUAAAUGG